CCUGUCAGUUACAGCAGACCACUCAGAUAGCGGGGCACUGAACGCACCUGGACCGUGUGGAACAAGAACCGUCCAGUUCGGUUUCUCCGUUACCGUCCAACUGUAACAGUAGUUCUACUCUUUUUUGAAUAAUAUUACUCGUCGUCAUAAUAACUUGUUUCAGUUUAAAAAACGACUCGGGAUUCACUUCUGAGUGUCACUCUGCCAUGAUGCCCGGGCUAGCCAGCUAACGUUAGCCGGAAAACUAGCAUCCACUGUUUGGGGGAGAGUAGCGGAGUCCGAGCUCCUUUUCUCGGCUGUGUGUGGUUGACUAAACCGGAUUAAACAUGGGAGAAAGUAACUGGUUCACGGAGCCGUUCCGAUAUCUCCAAGACCCCCACCUUGUCGCCCGCUUUCAGGACAUUUGUGGGGUACGGGGGACGUUUUCGAGAACUGUUUGUGCUAGUAGUACAGCCACCACCACCAGCGGCAGCAUCAAGGAAGCCGACCGGACUCGCUCGCACAACAACGGGGCUUGCCAUCAUCACAUCAACGGGGAAAAUGAGAGUGAAAAUUUGGCCGUCAUUGGAGCUGGUGAAGGGGAGACAGUACAAACGACAGCGGUGGGGGUUCGGAAGAGGAUUACCGAGUCGAAUGUUGUGACAACCCACGGGGAGGAAAGUGAAAAUGCGCCCCAGAAUGGGGCAGUGGUGUCCGCAGCCACCGCCGGGGGAGAAACGGUUGGUGUGGGCAGAAGCAGUCGCAGCUUUGCCGGGGCUGCAGCUGCUGCUCAGGGCGGCAGCAGCGGAGCCGGGCUGGAUUCUUCAGGGGCAACCGAGUCAGAGGGGAGCGAGAAUGGCGGUGAAGUCCCGGGUCGCUCGCGGAGCAGCACGGUGAAACCCCUCCGCAGAAACUCUCUAACGGGCGACGCCGGGCAGGAGUUUCUGAUCGAGAACCGCUUCUUGUACUAUCUCUUUACUUUCGGAACCGAGCUGGGCAACGAGCUCUUCUACAUCACCUUCUUCCCCUUCGUCAUCUGGAACCUGGACGCCUUCGUGGGCAGGAGGCUGAUCAUGGUCUGGGUCUGGGUCAUGUAUCUGGGACAGUGCACCAAGGAUGUGUUCGGCUGGCCACGACCCGCUUCACCGCCGGUGGUCAAAGUGGAGAUGUUUUACAACUCGGAGUACAGCAUGCCGUCCACACAUGCUAUGUCGGGCACAGCCAUCCCCUUCUCCCUGUUCUUCAUGACCUACGGCCGGUGGGAGUACCCGUUCACACUGGGCUUCAGUCUGGCUCUCUGCUGGUGUCUGCUGGUCUGCAUCAGUCGAAUCUACAUGGGGAUGCACUCAGUCCUGGACGUGAUUGUCGGCGUCCUGUACAGCGUCUUCAUCCUGCUCUUCUUCCUCCCAGCCUUGGACAAGAUCGACGGCUUCAACCUGACCUGCCGCUACGCCCCGCUCAUCAUCAUCUCCCUCCACCUGGGCCUCGGCCUCUUCUCCUUCACCCUGGACACCUGGAGUACCUCGCGGGGUGACACCGCUCAGAUCCUGGGCACAGGGGCCGGCGUGGCCCUGGCCUCCCACGUCAACAACUACCUGGGCCUGCUGCCUGACCCGACGCCAGACCAGCUCCCGCUCAUCAUGCCCGCCCUCAGUGUGGGUCUGGCGGGCACGGCCAUGCUGCGGCUCGUCCUCGGCGUCCUGGUGCUGAUGGCCACACGGGCGCUGAUGAAGGCCAUCACCAUCCCGCUGGUGUGCCGGGUGUUCGGGGUGCCCAGCGGGGACGUGAGGAAGGCCAGGCAGCACAUGGAGGUGGAGCUGCCCUACAGAUACAUCGUCUACGGGACGGUGGGCUUCAACGUGCUCUUCCUGGUCCCGCUGCUCUUCAGCUACAUGCGGCUCUCCUGACUGGAUGUUAGCUCACAGUGACGUGACCCUCCAGAUGUUCACCCAAUGCUGUAAUCAGAUCAGUUUUGCUACUUCUUUGCAUCCAAAACCACUUUCCUAACCAGAGGCAGCCGGUUUGGGACUGAUGAAGGUGAAUUAAAGCCUCAGCACUGA